UGUGCGUCACUUCCGGCGGGGAGACAAAAUGGCUUCCCGAGAGUCCCGGGCCCUGAGGCGUGUGGAGCGGCAGCGGCGGCUGCGCCUGCUCUGGGAUCCUUAGAGCCGCGGGCGGCGGCGAAGGCGCCGGGCACAGGACUCAUGUAAUCAAAGGAGUUUCUUUGUUGUGUGUAUCUUUACAGAACACAACAGGAAUUCAAAAUGAAUCAGAACAUUCUUGAGUCUUUGGAAGCCCCGGAGACCCUGGCUGAUGUACCUGAACAUGUGUUUCGAGGACUUCCUGAGGAAGUGAGGCUUUUUCCAUCUGCUGUUGACAAGGCACGGAUUGGUGUCUGGGCUGCAAAGCCAAUUUUAAAAGGGAAAAAGUUUGGCCCAUUUAUUGGUGACAAGAAAAAAAGAUCUCAGGUGAAGAACAAUGUGUACAUGUGGGAGGUAUAUUAUCCAAACUUGGGAUGGAUGUGUGUCGAUGCCACUGAUCCAAAGAAAGGGAAUUGGCUUCGGUAUGUGAACUGGGCCCGAUCAGGAAAGGAGCAAAAUCUUUUUCCACUGGAAAUCAACAGGACCAUUUACUAUAAAACUUUGAAGCCAAUUGAGCCGGGCGAGGAGCUGCUAGUGUGGUACAAUGGGGAAGACAACCCGGAGAUAGCAGCUGCUAUAGAGGAAGAGAGAGCCAAUACCCGGAGCAAGCGGAGCUCGCCGAAAGCCAAGAAAGGAAAGAAAAAAUCCCAGGAGGGUAAAAAUAAGGCAAACAAGACCGAAGACAAAGCAAAACUAAAGAAAGGUGAAAGUGACUCAGCUUCUGCAAACAUGAGGGAUUCUGAAGAAGGACCUAAAGAGGAAGAAGAGAAGCCUUCAGCUUCAGCAGUGCUCUCCCUAGAACAGACAGCUGUCAUUCAGGAGAUGGUAAAUCAGGAUGUACUUCCCAAAUUAAUAAUCCCUCCUCCUGUCUCUGAGCCUCAAACACUGUCAGAAGGGACACCUGAAGUAGUACAUUGUGGAUCAGAUGACUUGGAGGAGGAAGAAGAGGAGGAUGAAGAAGAGGAAGAAGAUGAGGAAGGGGAAGAAGAUACUAAUAUACCAAAUGAAAGUUCUGAGAGAGAGCCAGAAGUAGAAUGUGAAGAAAAACAAACAUCAGAAGAACCAAGAAAUACAACUGAAGAAAAUUUAGAUGGCUCUCUUGAAGUAAUGCCAGCUGUUAAAAUUCCUAAAACAAAGGGAGAUUCCAACGGUGAUGUAUUUGAAACAUUCAUGUUUCCUUGUCAACAUUGUGAAAGGAAGUUUACAACCAAACAAGGACUGGAACGUCACAUGCAUAUCCACAUAUCUACUGUCAAUCAUGCUUUCAAAUGCAGGUACUGUGGAAAAGCUUUUGGUACCCAGAUUAACAGGAGAAGGCAUGAGAGACGGCAUGAAGCAGGGCCAAAAAGGAAACCAAUCUCAACUCUUCAACAGCCUGAUGACCUUGUAGAUGGCCCAGUGUUUGGAGAUGAUAUAAGUCUUAAAGAUGAAUCAAAUGCUUCCAAUUUUUUGCAAGAUCGCAUGAUUUUGGAUUCAGAGAGAGUUUCCCAAGAAAUUGCCGUUUCUUCUGUUGUGGAAGAGAAUGGAGACCUCAAAGAACUUCAUCCAUGCAAAUACUGUAAAAAGGUGUUUGGAACACAUACAAACAUGAGGAGGCAUCAGCGUAGGGUUCAUGAACGUCAUCUGAUUCCUAAAGGAGUAAGGAGAAAAGGAUUCUUACUUGAAGAGCCACAACUUCCAGCAGAGCAGACUCAACCGACCCAGAAUGUAUAUAUAGCAAGCACAGAGCUAGAAGAAGAAGGAGAAUCAGAUGAUGUCUAUAUUAUGGAUAUUUCCAGCAAUAUCUCUGAGAAUUUAAAUUAUUAUAUUGAUGGGAAGAUUCAGUCUAAUAACAGUACUAGUAAUUGUGAUGUGAUUGAAAUGGAACCUAGUACUGCAGAUUUGUAUGGCCUAAAUUGUUUGCUUACUCCCGUUACAGUGGAAAUUACUCAGAGUGUAAAGACUUCUCAAGUGCAUGUAGCAGAGGAUCUUCCCAAGGACUCUUCUAGUAGCACAAAUAAUGAUUCAAAGAAGCGAAGAACCACCAGUCCACCUUUUUUACCUAAAAUUAAGGCAGAAACUGAUUCAGAACCUAUAACACCAUCCUGUUCCUUAAACUUACCUCUCAGUGGAUCCACUGCAGAGACUGUUUCUUAUCACAAAGAGAAAAAUGUCUUUUUGUCUUCAAAGCUCAAACAGCUUCUUCAAACACAAGAUAGCAACAAGCUAACAGCAGUUAUAUCUACAACAGACAUCCCUAAAUUAAGUUCAUCUGUCUCAUCAUCUUCUUCUAUGUUGCCUGUGUCAUCGAGUAGGUUUAAGCGAAGAACUAGCUCUCCUCCAAGUUCUCCACAGCAUAGUCCUGCUCUUCGAGAUUUUGGAAAACAGAGUGAGGGCAAAGCAGUAUGGAAUGAUCCAGCCGUUAGUUCUAAAAUACCCAAAUUGGAAAGUCAUAGCAGUUCCCCUGCCUGGAGUUUGUCUGGGCGGGAAGAGAGUGACACUGUGAGCCCUUCCUGCUUUGAGGAUUACAAAAUAUCCAAAGACUGGGCAGCCAGCACCACUUUUGGUAAUGUGUGCAAUCAGCAACCUCUGGAUUUAUCUAGUGGUGUAAAGCAGAAGUCUGAGCUUACAGGAAAGGGCCAGGUCCCUUGGGAAUCUGUAUUGGAUCUUAGUGUUAAUAAGAAAUCCUGUGGUGACAUGGAUAUCAAGGAAUACAAAGAGAACAAUUCAGCACAGCCUACUUGCAGUGGUAUAAAGAAGAAGAAACCAACAACCUGCAUGUUACAGAAAGUUCUUCUCAAUGAAUACAAUGGCAUAGAUUUAGCUGUGGAAAAGGCUCCAGAUGAAAAUAGGAGCCCGAGUCCAUGUAAAUCAUUAGAUCCCCAGCCAGAACCAGAUCUUGACCCAGAUUCUAGUUUACCCACCCCAGUUGCUCAUUCUUCUCCUUGCAAUUCUCCAUCACCCCUCCCACAGACUUCUGUGUCUUCUGGUCAGCUGCCUCCUCUCCUAAUCCCUACAAAUCCAUCUUCUCCUCCACCCUGCCCACCUGUAUUAACUGUGGCUACACCUCCGCCACCUCUCCUUCCUACUCUUCCUUUACCACUUCCAGCUCCAUCUUCCAGUGUUUCUCCUCCUUCAUGUCCUUCACCACUUUCUAAUACUACUACACAAUCACCACUUCCCAUUCUUUCACCUACAGUGUCUCCAUCAGCAUCUCCUGUUCCAUCUGUUGAGCCUCUGAACUCUGCAGCUUCACCUGGGCCACCUAUACUUUCUUCUUCCUCCUCUUCUUCCUCAUCCUCUUCUUCUUCCUCCUCCUCCUCUUCUUCGUCCUCCUCCUCUUCCUCCUCUUCUUCCUCUUCAUCCUCUUCUUCAUUCUCAUCUUCAUCUUCUUCUUCUUCCCCAUCACCACCACCCCUCUCAGUGGUUUCAUCUGUUGUUUCAUCUGGUGAUAACUUGGAAGCUCCUCUCCCUAUAUCUUUCAAACAAGAAGACACAGAGAAUGAAGAUCAGAAACCAAGUGACGAUCCACAGACAUCAGAUGAACAGGAUGUUGUUCAAGAAACAUUCAAUAAAAACUUUAUUUGUAAUGUUUGUGAAUCACCUUUUCUUUCUAUUAAAGACCUAACCAAACAUUUAACUGUUCAUGCUGAAGAAUGGCCCUUCAAAUGUGAAUUCUGUGUGCAACUGUUUAGGGACAAAACGGGCUUGUCAGAACAUCGUUUUUUGCUUCAUGGAGUUGGGAAUAUAUUUGUAUGUUCAGUAUGUAAAAAAGAAUUUGCCUUUUUGUGCAAUUUACAGCAGCAUCAGCGAGAUCUCCAUCCAGAUAGAGAAUGCACACACCAUCAGUUUGAAAGUGGCACCCUCAGGCCCCAGAAUUUUACAGAUCCCUCCAAGGCUAAAGCAGACCAUGUUCAUUGUUUACCAGAGCAUCCUUUAGAAGCUUCUAAAGAGGAGGAGGAAGAAGAAGAGGUCAAUGAUUCUUCAGAAGAACUUUAUACUACCAUAAAAAUAAUGGCUUCUGGAGUUAAGUCAAAAGAUCCAGAUGUUCGAUUAGGCCUCAAUCAGCACUACCCAAGUUUUAAACCACCCCCAUUUCAGUAUCACCACCGAAAUCCUAUGGGCAUUGGAGUUACAGCCACAAAUUUCACCACUCACAAUAUCCCACAGACCUUUACUACUGCCAUUCGCUGCACCAAAUGUGGGAAAGGUGUUGACAACAUGCCUGAAUUACACAAACAUAUCUUGGCAUGUGCUUCAGCUAGUGACAAAAAAAGGUACACACCCAAGAAAAAUCCAGUACCACUGAAACAGACUGUACAACCCAAAAAUGGUGUCGUGGUUAUAGAUAACUCUGGGAAAAAUGCCUUUAGACGUAUGGGACAACCCAAAAGACUAAAUUUUAGUGUUGAACUCAGCAAAAUGUCAUCUAACAAGCUCAAACUAAGUGCACUGAAGAAGAAAAAUCAAUUAGUACAUAAAGCAAUUCUGCAAAAAAAUAAAUCUGCCAAGCAAAAAGCAGACUUAAAAAAUAACGAUUCAGAUUCUCACUCACACAUUUGCCCUUACUGUGAUCGUGAGUUCACUUACAUUGGAAGCCUAAAUAAACAUGCAGCUUACAGCUGUCCUAAAAAGCCAAUUUCCCCUUCCACCAAGAGAAGUGUUUCUCAUUCGUCCAAGAAAGGUGGUAUCUCAUCACCUUCAAACAGUGAGAAAAGUAAUAACCAACGAAGACGGACAGCUGAUGCUGAGAUUAAAAUGCAGAGCAUGCAGACCCACUUGGGCAAGACAAGAGCACGAAGCUCAGGACCCACCACAAAUCCAUCACCCUCUCCAUCUUUUAGAGCGAAACAGAAGGUGAAGUUUGUACCUUCAGUGAAAUCCAAAAAAUCAAGCUCUACUUCUCUAAGAAACUCCAGUCCUGUAAGAAUGGCCAAAAUGUCUCAUAUGGAGGGGAAGAAGUCAAAAGCAGUAGCCAAGAAUCAUUCUGCUCAUCUCUCCAGCAAAACAUCCCGGAAUCUGCAUGUGAGGGUACAGAAAAGCAAAGCUGUUUUGCCAAGCAAGCCUGCUUUAGCGAGCAAGAAAAAAUCAGACAGAUUUAGUGUCAAAUCUAGAGAAAGGAGUGGAGGGCCCAUCACUCGAAGCUUGCAGCUGGCAGCCUCUGCAGACCUCACUGAAAGCAAAAAGGAAGAGAGCAGUACAAAGCAGGAGCCCAAGGACUUCAGCUCCUGAGAUGACACCUGCAUGAGCAAGGCCCACGGGCCCCGAGGCUGCCAUGCAUGACGCGCUCUUCCUGUCCUUUGGUCCUGAGAGAGAGAGAAAAAGAGGAGUCUCUGGGUGUGAAUUUCUGUCUUCAAAAAGGAGACCUGAGCCCUAGGGGAACAUGUGAUGGUCGCUGACUGCCCUGGGUCCCUUCAAGGGUGAUGUUAGAGUGUCUCCUUUCUGGGGUGGGCUGCAGGGGAAGAACAACUCGACCCCAUGGCAGAAGGUCAUGGCCAGGUUUGGGUCUCUCUUUCUAUGCAAUUGUUUUUCAAGAGUCCCUCACCCUGUCUUUGCCUCUAAAGUCAUCCAUUGCCAUAAGCUAGAUGGGAUUCAAUCUUGUGACCAAUUUCCAUCCCAUCCAAGGGGGAAUCCCCAGGAGAAGGUUCCUGGAUUUGAAACUCCCCUCCUCCAACUUCCCAAUCCCAGCUUCUUUUUCUCCAAGUUCUGCAGAAAUCCACAGAGGGCAGAGAUACUCCUGGAGUCUUGAUGAAAUUCUCCUGGUGACCUGAGGCUCCCCCACCCCUGGGAGGGGGUAAGGAAGAGGAGAGCCUUCUUGCCUAAAAAUUGAUUUGGUGGGUCUUUACCUCCAGAUUUUAAACUCCCAUCAGUGCCUGUAUUGUUGACUUUGGGCCUGGGUCCUUCCCUUUAGGUCUGGCCUCUCCAGGGAAGGCAGAGAAGGUGAACUGGGAUGCUUUUACCUCUGCUGCUAUCCCUGACUAUGAUGCUGUCAUGGGCAUCUGAAGUCCCUAGGCUCUCAGUUUCAAGUAACAUAUGAGUUUGAAAAAAAAAAAAAGAUUUAGAAGUAUAGAAAAAGAGGUCAGGAACAGCCAGAUGGAGAAGGGGUGGAGGUGGGAGAGCCCUUUACACCUAGGAAGAAUUAGAUGAACUAGGACUGGGAUUUUGAAUUGGUCCAAUGCAGUUCCCGGGCUUUGUGCCUUUGAAGGCAGGCCAUGUGGAAAGACUCUCUUGGGACCAUUUUGGGGCCAUUAAAUAUUCUUGGCUUGAUAUUUCAAACCCAAAGUUGAAGGACAUUUAUCAAAGUAUAAGAAUCUUGACAUAAUGUAAUUGGAGGCUAUUGGAUUUUGUUUUUGUUUUGUUUUUUCCUUUUUCCUUCAGGGCUACAAUGGUUUAAUCCCCCAACUCUGUAAAUAUGAAUGAAGAUGAUUUUAAAAGCAUGUAUUUAUGUCCCUGAUUGUAAAUGCUCCAUUUUUAAAGUUUUCUAACUCGUGUUAUUUAAUGACUCAACCAAGUGCAGUAAGGUGAUGGAGAUGGGUCCAGGAGAAGGAUCUCAUGGAGAUAAAUCCUCACAUGGGCAGGAAAAAAAAUGGAAUCACAGUUUUAAUGUCACAAUUUGCACAUUUCCACCAAUGGAAAACUUUUCUCAGUAGGUAAUAAAAUGGAAGCCUUACUCUCCUCUCCAAAUUAGCUCUCUAGCAUGAAAAUGGUGGGUUUUUCUUAUCCCCAUGGUAAAAUUUUGACCCUCUCAUUGUUCAAAUUCACAAAAUUUUCCUUCUUUCCUCCUCCAAUUCCCAAAGUAUUUUUGCUUCCAGGGAAAGGGUUUUGUGGCUGAAAGUCCAUGAGUUUCUCCUUCUACCCUAAAAAAAAACAAAACAAAUCUAUUAUUGGGGGUAAGGUUUAUUAACUGAGGGGAAAUCAUUUUUUGCAUGUGAAAUUUUGCUGGUCAUCUUUUAGCACUCUUCUCAUGUGAUUCCUGAUCUGAGUGUCCCAAUAAUGAAAAAGAAAAAAAAAAAAGAAAAAGUUUUAUUUUUUUUAAAGUGGUGUCUCCUGGUCAGUGCUGGUCUUCUGAACAUUGAGUCAGAUUGCUGAAGACUCUGUUGUUUGUCUGCCAUGUGAAGAAAAUUAACAAUAAAAACAAACAAACAAAAA